CACAACUUUCUAUUGAUGUCGAGUUUAAUGAUAAGAAAAAUCAUUCUGUUUUAACUUAUGAAGAGACUUUAGAACAAAGGAUCAGUUCUUUAAUAGGAACCUUCACUGACGCACUCAUAAUCUCCUCAAGAAAUGUAACAAGUGUACAAGAACUACAAAAGGAAAGGCAAAAACAUUUGGCUAAAGCUUAUAAGUAUCAUGAAAAUAAUAUUGUAUUAUUAUAUGAUUCUGUUAAAAAACAGGUGCAUGGACAAAAGUUUAAUUCUAAAUGGAUAGGACCAUUUUGA